AUGUUGUAGGUAAAAGGAGUCCACCUUCCAGGAAAGUCAGUCGUGUUUCCUUUCGUAAAGCCGUAAACUCUCCACCACCAUGCUUUGAGAUCGCCACCGUGUUUUCCCUCAGAUCUGCUCAAUCGCCACCGCAGUUUCCAUAAAAAUGUCAUACAGCGAACGAGACACCGUCCCCCUCAACCAAUCCUCUCAAUCCGACAUCGAUGAGAUCGAAAACCUAAUCAACUACAGCGUCCAAUCCGGCCCUGCCACCGUCCUCCCCGCCCGUCCACCAUCACCUACACGAGCUUCCAUUCCCGUAUCUUCUUCCCCUUUCAUCGCAUCAAACCUUCCUCCUCUUCCUCCUCAGAAACCGGCAUCUGUCCCUGCAGCACCUCUACCGCCUUCUAACUUGAACCGUAAUGCUAAUAUUGGUACUAAUGGUCAACAACAGUCGAGCAUGACUGCGUUCGGAUCGCCGCCGAAUACGUUGACUGAACCAGUGUGGGAUACGGUGAAGAGAGAUCUUUCGAGGAUUGUUAGUAAUUUGAAGUUGGUUGUUUUUCCGAAUCCGUUUCGUGAGGAUCCGGGAAAAGCGUUGAGAGAUUGGGAUCUUUGGGGGCCGUUCUUCUUCAUCGUGUUUUUAGGGCUCACUCUAUCUUGGUCCGCCUCGGUAAAGAAGUCUGAAGUUUUUGCUGUGGCCUUUGCACUACUUGCAACAGGUGCCAUCAUUCUGACUUUGAAUGUCCUGCUUCUGGGAGGUCACAUAAUCUUCUUCCAAAGUCUAAGUCUAUUGGGAUACUGUCUAUUCCCUUUAGACGUAGGAGCCCUAAUAUGCAUGUUGAAGGACAAUGUCAUUUUAAAGAUUGUGGUGGUGUGUGUGAGUUUAGCAUGGAGUUCGUGGGCCGCGUAUCCCUUCAUCAGUAUGGCGGUUAACCCUAGAAGAAAAGCUCUCGCUCUGUACCCUGUGUUACUCAUGUAUGUAUCCGUUGGUUUCCUUAUCAUUGCCAUCGAUUAGUAGAUAAAAACUUUGAAUACUUUGUUAUACGAAAUUCUUUAAUGAGUUGAUGCGUGAUGGAAUUGUUGUA